UUCACAGUAUUACUGUGUAUUAUUUUUGAUCGAUUAGAAUUGCGCAUGCGCUAAUGAGUAAAAUGGCUGCAGAGGAAAUAUACAUUGGAACUUGGAGGAUUGUGGAAUGUGUGUCAUUGGCAGGGACAGUUGAAACGACUGGGAUUGAAGGGACAGAGUUUGUUCUUGAUGAAGGAGGUGAUGUGGCAUGGAAAGUUGCAGAUGAUGUGGAACCUUUACCCUUCUUCAAUUGUGAAACAUAUGAGGUUAUUCCAGACAAACACUAUGGACAGAGAGCAAUUAAAUUCAUUGGUACCUAUGCUGGACUUGAAGUAAAUUUCAAGGUUGAGAUAUCAGAUGAUCUGAUGUUACUCACAUAUGAGAGAUGUUGUAUGCUACAAUGCCAGAAGGUAUCAUCCCCUGACCCAAAAGAUGAUGUUCCGUAUUCGUUCCUAGAUGCUCUAGAGGAGGGGUUCUUCUCGGAUCUAGUCAUCAAAGCUGAUACAGGCAAACAGUUCAAAGUUCACACAGCAAUUCUUUGUUUGACAACACCGGCAAUAGACUGGUCCAGAUCACCGACCCCGUUGACUGGUUUACCGGAGGAUGUUCUACAGUCUACUCUACACUUCCUGUAUGCUGAGUGCCUGCCACGUGGACUGUCAGAGGAGACGGCAAAGAAAUGUGUGAAAAUAAUGUCAAAAAUACCCGAGCUGGGCGGUUUUGUGAGAUUGUGUGAUACAUUCCUACAGAAUACAGCUCUUAAACAGCAGAUAACAAGCCUGGUGACAGACAUGCACUCAUCUGCUGAUAAGAUUAUAGAAAUGUUUAGUGGUGCUAACUCGAGUGAUGAUACCUCUAGUCAAACAGAUAAAAAUAUUGUGUCAAAUCCUGCCAAACUGUGUUAUGUUGUUAAACAAUGUCUGAGGGAGGCGGCUGUAGCUUUCUCCAAGUUACUGAUUCUCUGUGACUUGUAUUCAAGAAGAAAAUCUGAACUGUCCAGAGAGGAAAGAUAUGAUAUAAUAAAAUAUGCCAAAUCUAGGAUUCCAGUGUUUAUGAAACAGUGGGACCAGUUUUUAGAUGUGUGUAAGUCGCAGUUAUCUUCACUAAGUGUUCAAGAGAGACAAGAAGUAGCCACCUAUCUUGUACCAGAGAUUGAGGAGGCACUAGAUGUUCUUACCUCGUAUGUCACUGAUAGUAAAUCUGCACUAGAAAAAGUCAUUAGUGGAUCUGAGGAUGAAAAACAAGAAAAACCUGAAAAAUCAAAGAAAGGAAAUGUUGGAGAUGUCCUUGGUAAAACAUUAAAAACUGCAUUACAUUUACGUGAAUUAAAGAAAUUAAAGAAGUUAAAUGAAAGAUCAACCACUACAUUCUUCCAUUUUAUGCAGAAAAAAGAAUCAUUUUGUAUGGUAUCAACAGCGGAGAAAGUGAGAUGUAUAUCAAAAUUAAUAGACCAGCUAGGAGAUAUGGUUAGAGUUGCACAGACCAAAGUAGGUGAAUUGAUAGAAGAUAUUGACGUUAGAUUGACAUGGAGGGAUUGGAAAUAUAUAUUCAAACUGGGUACUUCCAAAAUUUCAUGGGCUAUAUGCAAAGCUUUAAAUAACAAAAAAAUGGUUCAGCCGUUAAUCAAACAAGCAUGUGAUAUGGUACAUCGUGAACAGUUUACCGCAUCUAUUACCUCCCUUGGUCUCCUUGAAACAGGGGCAGAGAACUCUGACCAACCUAGUUGUUCCAAAGAAUCUUCAAAUAAUUCAUCACAAAGUAAACAGAAAACAAGAUAUGUUCAAUUAAGUUCAGUGGAGUCUUUAUGUAUACCGCCGGAUGCUCGGGACUCUAAGAUGGCACAGAAGGCUCUCAAACUUUUACAUUCUAACAAAAAUACAGAUCUCAUCUUUGAAAUAAUUUUAGCACAUGAUAUUGGAGACACUGUGAUAGAUCAUACAUCUGGUCAACCUGUAGAGAGGACAGAAUCUGACAGAGAUGUCGAGAAGUUUGAGAUACCAGCUCAUAGGGUUGUCAUAGCAGCCAGAUGUGACUGGUUCCGACGUGCUCUCCUAAGUGGUAUGAGAGAAUCUAUAGACAGAAAAAUCACAGUCCAUGACACAAAUCCGGAGUUGUUCAAAAUGUUUUUGGAAUAUCUGUACAGCGGUCAGUUAGAAAUGAAUGAUCUGGCUACAGAACAGUUAGCUGAUAUGAUGACUUUAGCAGAUAGAUAUGAUACUGUAAGUUUACGUUCACGAUGUGAGCAUUCGUUAAAACACCACAUUGAUGAUGAUACCAUCUUCUAUCUGCUUAGUCUAGCUGAUCAACUUAAUGCUAAAAUACUCAAGGAAAGUUGUAUGUGUUAUGUAAGUGAGCGGCCAUCGUUAGCAAACAGUGAAGUGUUCCAAGAUCUACCUGAUCAUUUACAGAUGGAGGUGGAAGCUCUAACGUUAUCUAGUUUAGAUGGCCCGGUGCAUUCCAGUAUAGAUACUCCAAGUUCUGUGUCCAGCGUGUCAGAAAUGGAGGAAGUCCUUGACAGAAUGAAUCUUGAUUCAGGAGUCACGUCCAGUUCUUCAGAUGAAAUGUUCCCGUCACCAGAUUCGAGUCAGCUACAGGACUGUGUAGAAACCUUGCAAGACAUUGUUGGUGAUACGAUAUCGCACGACGCACUCGUGCGUGCUGCACUAGCGGCAGACUGUGACGCUAACCGAGCCAUGAACUUCCUGUUCGCGGAAUGAUGCCAGUAUUGUGAUGAAAAACUGAAAAUAUUAUUAUUAAUUUAUUUAUUGCUUUUAGAGUAAUGUUGGUCGGAUACUUUUAUGCAUUUAGUUUUAUAUUGUAGUAAAUGUGCUUGCCAAUGAUAAUGCUUUGUUCUUUUUUAAGAUGGACAAAGAAUUUGAAAUAUUUUUUAAAUAAUCGUGUUUAGAUAUCAAAUUUUUCCUUUCAGAGAUAAAAAAUAGCAACUUUUUUUCAAGUAUUUCAAGUUAUUUAUCAAAUAUAAAAUAAGAGUUUUAUACAAGAAUGUAUUACAUUGAGAGAUGUAAAAGUAAUACAUGUAAAAGAGCAUAUUAAAGUAUUCAGUUUACUUUAUUACUUUUAGAUAUUGUCACAUAAAGUUGUUUUUAUAUUUAAGGUUUUACUUCUCAGUAUCUUAAAAUAGAUCUUGUAAAAUAUACUUAAAAAGUUGAUAUUUAUUAAAUAAAUAUUGUAUUUAAUACUGAUAAUGUAAUCCAUCAAGCUGUUAGAGAAGUGUAACUGAAGGUUCAUAUGCUGUAUAAUUUACUAUUUUUUUUGUCAUCAUCAUUUGUAAAUUAAACAAUUCAGCAUUUCAUAUUAUACAUAAACCUGCUGAAUUUGUAAAAAAGAUUUACCUUUCUUUUGAGUUUGGAACAGUCCGUUCAAAGUUUUAAUGGCACAUUAUGCCUCGGAAACGAAUGUAUUUUUUUCCUUUUUUAGAUAGGGCAAACAUGAGUUUCAUAAUGUGUAAAUAAUGGUUUCAGAGCAUAUAAGAUGAUUAUCACUUGGAGAAAGUAAUUAAAAACUGAAUGUGAUGUAAUUUGUUAUGAAAAUAUGGAAAUGUAAAAAAAAACAACUAGUAAUUUGACAUACUAAACCGCUAUGCCUCUACUAAAUGCCAAAAAGCAAUAGAAGCAAAAAUGGUUUUAAUAUAUAUGGCCAAUGAGUAACUUUUCAAAACUAUAACAGGAGAUCAAAACUAAAAAGAUUUUGAAUAAUAAAGAUAAAAGCAUUUCUGAGGCAUAAUAGGCCUUUAAAGAAUGUCAGCAUCAAAUUACAGAAAUUGAGAUAGCCAGAGUAUAGAGCCUGGUCAGACUGCAAAGAUGUACAGGCUGGCCUGGCUAUAUAUUGGUGGCAAAGACUAAUCACCUUCCAGCAGGUUGCCACAGGGCUUCCAUUAAGUUCUUAGAAUACACCAAUUAACAGUUUCCAUAUGAACUACAUAAAUAACCGAGGUAUAUCAAGUGAAAAAAUACAAGUUGUUUUCCUUACCUUCGAGUAAAAUGGCUAUCUCUAAUGCUAAACAAUACAAAUUAAGCUGUCUUUAAACCGCUUAGUUUGUUGUGAUCUAAUGUCCGAUUUCAAAAUUGAUUACACCAAUGGAAAGCUUUGGAUCUUAGCUACAUCACAGUAUAUAUUUCAAAACAUCUUUGGACACCAAAGUAUUUAAAUUAACUUUUAAACCUACCACAAGUUAGACCAUUUUACAUACGAUUUAUACAGUUAUAUACGCAACCGGUUAUCUUUACUCGAAAAACUACUGAUAAGAAUAGCCUGUCUUCUGUUAGUUUGGAAACUGUUUAUUGGUGUUUUUUGUAAGUCAGAGACUGCAAACUCUCAAACACUGAGUUACAUUAUAUAGGAAAUAAGGAAAAACCAGGACAUUUUGGAAAUCACAAGCCAAAUCAAGAAGUAAAUGACCUUCAAACUUCAACUUAUGGAAGCUCAUGGUUGCCAGGGGAAGUGGCAAGCAUCUUUACAGACUUUUUAUGUUAUUUUAGAAACGUUUUUUUUUAGCUAUGGCCUUUAUUAUCUGUCUUUUUCACAAGUAACUUUGAAGUAAGACCACAAUUUAAAAUAUACAUUUAUACCAGUUUAAUUAAUUGUAUUGUGUUUUGAGGAAAACCUUUACAUGAAAGAGUACUAUUUAACAUUAUUUACAUCUUAUACCCAUACAUGAUAGAUCUGUGUUCAAAUCUCCACUAGUCUGCAUUAUGUUAAAAAAAAUGUA